CACGUUUUCGAAGGCGAAGGCAAAGCCUUCCUACUUAUAUAUAGCACAAAGAAAGCAGAGCACCACCAUUCCAUCCCCCAAUUCAUCCAUUCCAUCCAUGGAGCUCCUCUCUCUCGCUCUGCUUCUCGCCAUUGUCCUCCCCAUUGCCCUCGCCAUUUUCGCCUUCAGAGGCCGCUCCGAUGCCGGCUCCAACCUCCCCCCCGGCAACUUCGGCUGGCCGGUGCUCGGCGAAACCGUCGAGUUCCUCUUCGGCAAGCCCGAAAAGUUCGUCGGCGACAGGAUGAAGAAGUACUCCCCGGACAUCUUCAAGACCAACAUCCUCGGCGAGAAGACGGCCGUCAUUUGCGGCCCCAACGGCCACAAAUUCAUCUUCACCAACGAGCAGAAGCUCUUCACCUCCUUCCGCCCCCACCCGAUGCAGCGCCUCUUCCGCUCCUACAAGAAGGCCGCCGCCCCACCUCCGCCUCCCGCCGCCGGCCAGCCCCUCAAAGCCGACGUCACCCAGGUGAUCCGUACGCCCGGAUUCUUCAAGCCGGAGGCUCUGAUGAGAUAUCUCCCGAAGAUGGAUUCCAUCUCCCAGCAACUGUUGCAGACUCACUGGCAAGGGAAAGACCAAGUUCUGGUCCAUCCUCUCUCCAAGACCGUCACUUUGACGCUCGCGUGCCGUUUCUUUCUCGGCAUCGACAAUCCGGAGAGGAUCGCCCGCCUCGUCGACCACUUCGACGCCAUAACUCUGGGCAUGCAUUCCAUCAUGUCCAGUUUUCCGGGGACCAUCUUCUACAAAGCGGAGAAAGCGGCGACGGCGAUCAGGAAGGAGCUGGUGACUGUGAUCAAGGAGAAGAAGGCCGCCAUGGCCACCGGAGCUCCGAUGCAGGACAUCCUGUCUCAUAUGAUUGUGGCAACUGAUCCCACCGGAAAGUUCAUGCCGGAGGCCGAGAUCGCCGAUAAAAUGAUGGGCUUGCUGGUGGCCGGGUACAGUACGGUGGCCACAGCCAUCACUUUCUUCAUGAAGUAUGUGGGCCAGAGCCCAGAAAUUUACGGCAAAGUCCUCUCAGAGCAAAUGGCGGUGUCGAAGGCCAAAAAGGAAGGCGAAUUGCUGGACUGGGACGACUUGGCGAAGAUGAAGUACUCAUGGAACGUCCUGUCUGAAGUGAUGAGACUGGUGCCUCCUCUUCAGGGAACCUUCAGAGAGGUUCUCGCCGAUUUCACGUACGCCGGCUACACUGUCCCUAAAGGCUGGAAGGUGUAUUGGACGGUUAGCACGACGAACAUGAACCCAGAGUACUUUCCCAACCCAGAAAAGUUCGACCCCUCGAGGUACGACGACGGCCCGGUGCCGCCACCGUACACGUACGUUCCGUUCGGCGGCGGGCCGAGGCUGUGCCCCGGCAAGGAGUACGCUCGACUGGCAGUGCUGAGUUUCGUGCACAAUGUGGUGAAGAAGUUCAGGUGGGAGGUGGUGGUUCCCGAGGAGAAGGUUUUGGGGGACAUGAUGCCGACGCCGGAGAAAGGCCUGCCGAUUCGCCUGCAUUCGCAUUAGAUUAGAGGACUACAUAAUGUUAAUGGUUUACUGAAGAUUGUCAAUUUUGGGAAAGUGGUGGGACUUCUUACCCUCCCUCCCCCUUUACAUAGUUCAAUAUUCAUGGUCUUUGGAAUAAAACGAGAUGUGUAUAAAAUAGUAUAAAUCAGUCCAAACCAAGUCAAUUUUCUUGUUCCAUGUUAAUUUUUACCUAAAUUACUCAAUAAUUCAUCGUUUUUAAUGGUCA